AUGUUUUACUAUAUCACCCGUAUCUUCAGUGAUCAUUUCAUGAAGUGGGUUGUCUUCUGGCCUCAGAGUAUUCCCUAUCAGAGCCUUGGUCCUCUGGGCCCCUUCACUCAGUACUUGGUGGACCAUCAUCAGACCCUCAUGCACAAUGGGUAUUGGCUUGCCUGGCUGAUUCAUGUGGGAGAGUCCUUGUAUGCCAUGGUAUUAUGCAAGUAUAAAGGCAUCACGAAUGGCCGGACUCGGCUACUCUGGUUCAUUCAGACUUUCCUCUUUGGAAUAGCUUCUCUCUCCAUCUUGAUUGCGUACAGACCAAAGCACAAGAAGAAAACUUAAAGAAGACAUCCAUCAGAAAGUGUUUUCUACACAUGGACAUUCAACCCCACUUUUUUUUUUUUUUGCAUGGGGCAAGUUCGAGAGGGAGGGGGUGGUACAGUAUUCAUUUGCUCUUUCUUCUUUCUAAAAAUAUCUGUCCUUCAAAGCAUGUUAGGGACAGAACAGGAUUUCUGCCCUGCCUUCUAGGGAAUGAACAAAGGACCCUGUGAGUACAGGCUUGGUAAACAGGUUAACCUUGAAGUUAGGCCCUGGUAUUCACCUGAUAUCCAUCCUGACACAAGACUGGAACUGGAGAUAAAUCCUUAAACAUUCUAACCUGAAGCCGGGCCUGAAUUGAGAUAAAAUUGUAAGAAACUAGGCAUGAUACCCCAGGAAGAACUGAGUAACUAAUUAGAAAGCUGCUUGACCGUCUGCAGAGCCGUAACCCCCAUAAACAGCGUCCCUUUUCCAUUUGCAAGGGGGGACACCCUUCACUCCAGAAGCAAAGUUUACCUACCCUUAAGGGUGUCUUUCUUACCUCACAAGAAAUACUCAUUUCUUUUGAAGUAAUCUUAUGCUUUAAUAAAACUGUGGCUUAACUCUA